CGAAGCGUCCGGCGGCUCGCGGUCCCGGCUGCGCGUGGGGCGCGGCGCAGCGGGGCGGGCUCUCGGGAGGCGGCCAGGGGACGGGACAGAGCGGGGCGGGGACGCGGCCGCCUGCGCGGUUCCGGGUGCUCCCGCCGCGACGCUGCCCAGGGCGCACUUGACCGGCAGGCUGCGGGGAAGGGCGGGUCUGGGAGAACCCCAGCGCCGCGGCGUCCUGCAACCCCUCCUCCUCGCGGCGCCCGAGCCACAGCCCGAGCCGAGCCCGCGCCACCUCGCCCCGGCCCGCGCGCCCCAGCCAUGGCUUUCGCCAAUUUCCGCCGCAUCCUGCGCCUGUCUACCUUCGAGAAGAGAAAGUCCCGCGAAUAUGAGCACGUCCGCCGGGACCUGGACCCCAACGAGGUGUGGGAGAUCGUGGGCGAACUGGGCGACGGCGCCUUCGGCAAGGUUUACAAGGCCAAGAAUAAGGAGACUGGUGCCUUGGCCGCGGCCAAGGUCAUCGAGACCAAGAGCGAGGAGGAGCUGGAGGACUACAUCGUGGAGAUCGAGAUCCUGGCCACGUGUGACCACCCCUACAUCGUGAAGCUCCUGGGCGCCUACUACUACGACGGGAAGCUGUGGAUCAUGAUCGAGUUCUGCCCCGGGGGAGCCGUGGACGCCAUCAUGCUAGAGCUGGAGCGAGGCCUCACCGAGCCCCAGAUCCAGGUGGUCUGCCGCCAGAUGCUGGAAGCCCUCAGCUUCCUGCACAGCAAGAGGAUCAUCCACCGCGACCUGAAGGCGGGCAACGUGCUCAUGACCCUCGAGGGAGACAUCCGGCUGGCUGACUUUGGGGUGUCUGCCAAGAAUCUGAAAACCCUGCAGAAGCGAGAUUCCUUCAUAGGCACGCCCUACUGGAUGGCCCCCGAGGUGGUGCUCUGCGAGACCAUGAAGGACACCCCCUACGACUACAAGGCGGACAUCUGGUCCCUGGGCAUCACCCUGAUCGAGAUGGCGCAGAUCGAGCCCCCUCACCACGAGCUCAACCCCAUGCGCGUGCUGCUCAAGAUCGCCAAGUCCGACCCUCCCACGCUGCUCACCCCCUCCAAGUGGUCCGUGGAGUUCCGAGACUUCCUGAAGACUGCUCUGGAUAAGAACCCCGAGACCCGGCCCAGCGCCGCGCAGCUGCUGGAGCACCCCUUCGUCAGCAGCGUCACCAGUAACAAGGCUCUGCGGGAGCUGGUGGCAGAGGCCAAGGCCGAGGUGAUGGAGGAGAUCGAAGAUGGCAGGGACGAGGGGGACGAGGAGGACACCGUGGACGCCGCCCCUGCCCUGGACCACACUCCGGAGUCUUCAGAGGCCAGUCAGCUGAGCCUGGGGGCUGACAAGCCUGUCCGGGAACCACCUGCCCCGCUGCCAACCAGCCAGCCUCGGGACAGUGCCAACGGGCCCUGCAGCCAGCCCUCCGUGGAUGGAGCCCCCAGCCCCCCAGAAGUGGCCCCUGUGAACGAGAAUGGCCUAGCGGUGCCUGUUCCCCUCCGAAAGUCCCGACCAGUGUCCAUGGAUGCCAGAAUCCAGGUGGCCGAGGAGAAGCAAGUCACGGACCAGGCUGGGGACCUGAGUCCUGCAGCCAGCAGGUCCCAAAAGGCUGGCCAGAGCCGACCCAACAGCAGCGCCCUGGAGACACUGGGGGAGACGCUGGUCAACGGCAGCCUAGAGUCCCCUGCCCAGGCAGCACCGGGCCCCUCCAAGAGGGCUUCGGAUAGCAGCAGCCUGUCCACCUCCGAGAGUGGAGACUACAGCACCUCCCUGUCCACCGACCUCUCCCUGAACAGAGAGACGGGCUCGCUGUCCCUUAAGGACUCAAGGCUGCACAACAGAACCCUGAAGCGGACGCGCAAAUUCGUGGUGGACGGAGUGGAGGUGAGCAUCACCACCUCCAAGAUCAUCAGCGACGACGAAAAGAAGGACGAGGAGAUGCGAUUCCUCAGGCGCCAGGAGCUCCGGGAGCUGCGACUGCUGCAGAAGGAGGAGCACCGGAACCAGAGCCAGCUCAGCAGCAAGCACGAGCUGCAGCUGGAGCAGCUGCUCCGGCGCUUUGAGCAAGAGAGCAAUGCCAAGAAGAAGUUCUUCGACACGGAGCUGGAGAACCUGGAACGUCAGCAAAAGCAGCAGGUGGAGAAGAUGGAGCAAGACCAUGCCCUGCGCCGCCGGGAGGAGGCCAAGCGGAUCCGCCUGGAGCAGGAUCGGGACUACGCCAGGUUCCAAGAGCAGCUCAAGAUGAUGAAGAAAGAGGCCAAGAGCGAGGUGGAGAAGCUGCCCCGGCAGCAGCGGAAGGAGAGCAUGAAGCAGAAGAUGGAGGAGCACACGCAGAAGAAGCAGCUUCUCGACCGGGACUUCGUAGCCAAGCAGAAGGAGGACCUGGAGCUGGCCAUGAAGAGGCUGACCGCGGAGAACCGGCGGGAGAUCUGCGACAGGGAGCGGGAGUGCCUCAACCGGAAGCAGGAGCUCCUCCGAGACCGGGAGGCAGCGCUGUGGGAGAUGGAGGAGCACCAGCUGCAGGAGAAGCACCAGCUGGUGAAGCAGCAGCUCAAAGAUCAGUACUUCCUCCAGCGGCACCAGCUGCUGCGCAGGCACGAGAAGGAGCGGGAGCAGAUGCAGCGCUACAACCAGCGCAUGCUGGAGCAGCUGAAGGUGCGGCAGCAGCAGGAGAAGGCGCGGCUGCCCAAGAUCCAGCGCAGCGAGGGCAAGACACGCAUGGCCAUGUACAAGAAGAGCCUGCACAUCAACGGCCAGGGCAGUGCCGCCGAGCAGCGCGACAAGAUCAAGCAGUUCUCGCAGCAGGAGGAGAAGAGGCAGAAGGCGGAGCGCCUGCAGCAGCAGAACAAACACGAGAGCCAGAUGCGGGACAUGCUGGCGCAGUGCGCGGGCAACAUGAGCGAGCUGCAGCAGCUGCAGAAUGAGAAGUGUCACCUCUUGGUGGAGCACGAAGCCCAGAAGCUGAAGGCCCUGGACGAGAGCCAUAACCAGCACCUGAAGGAGUGGCGGGACAAGCUGAGGCCACGCAAAAAGGCUCUGGAAGAGGAUCUGAACCAGAAGAGGCGGGAGCAGGAGAUGUUCUUCAAGCUGGGCGAGGAGGCGGAGUGCGCCAGCCCUGCCAGCCCCGGCCAGGCCUCCAGGCUCCCCUCCUGCGGCGCUGCGGACACUGCCUAAGGAGCCCGGGCUGCGGCGGCCUGCAGGGCUCCCGUCCUCUGUGACGCGUAACUCAGGACCCCCUCCCUCCUGCUCCUGUGCCAGCUCCACGCCAGCCGCGCCCUUGCCCCCUGUGCCUGUCAGGCCUGCCCCGGGUCCUGGCCUCCCACCUGCCCCUGGAGGGCCGGGAGCUGCGUGUCACCUGGCCCGCUGGUGUCCUCAUGGAGGCCUGCCUCCCAAGCCGUAAGUGAUCGGCCGUGGCGUCAGGCCGGGAGGAGUGGGUGCCGUGGCCUCCAGGCCCCUCCUGUUUGCCAGAACGGUUUUAUUCUCUGUGGGCACAAAGCUCUGCCAGCGAAGCCACCACGCUCAGCCCUCUAGCCCUUCCUGGUGGCUUUCAGUGACUCCUUGCAGCGACAGACAGGAACCCUGACACCCCUUUCCUUUCCCAGCAGCGCCAGGCCGGCGGCCAGCUGUGUGGGUGUCCCCGUUCCCUGGCCCCCCCCAGCUCUGUGUUUGUGGGGGGCAGGGUGGGGAAGGCGGGGGCGCUGAUCUCAGGCAUUUCAGGCCACCUCUCGGGCCCUCCCGGAGCGCCCCGCAGCUGGCCCCUGACCUCUUGUGCCCACGUGGGUGGAACGGGCCUGCUGCCUGGGCCCAGCCACCAAGAGUUGGUAGGGAACGUGCUGGCACCAGAGGCCCGAGAAGGCACAGGCUGCACUGCCCGCCUGCCCCUCCUGGGGUCCCGCAGGCUCCUCCCGCACAGGACUUGGCAGCCCCGUCUGCAGGAGGCUCUUUCCUCCACCGGGGCCCGUGUCCAGUGCCACCUUGCGUUUCAGCCAAGCCUGGCAGCCACUUAGACUGCUCCUAGGAGAAAAGGCCGGGGUGGGGGCAGGAUGCCUCCCCCGGGAACACGGCAGAGCCAAGGGCCUGAACCUCCAUGGGGCCCGGCCCCCAGGUCACUCGACCUGCCUCCAGACGCUGCCCAGCCGCGGCAGAGCGUGCGUAGCUGGGUAGAGCGACCGCCGGGCCAGCGAGCCUCUUCUCCAGGAGGCAGACCCCCCCCCCCCCGCCUUGUCUGGCUGCUGCAGCCAGCCAGGUGCGCCAAGGCCGGCCUCUUCAGGAAGACGCGGGUGCCACCAACACCCGAGCCGGACGACGCUGGGGGCCCAGAUGGCUUGUGGAGUCUGGGUACUGUUUUCCUGGACACCCAGAGAGGACUUUCUCCUCUGUUACUGCUCAGGCGAGGGUUCCAGCAGCCCCCGGAAGUUGUCUCAGCACUGGUGGUGACUGGAUGCUUGGGAAGGAAGGGGCAGCCAUGGAACAGGACAAGAGGACAGGUUCCCAGAUCCUAACUGCGCCAUCAGUAGCUCCCGGGGCCCAGGAAGGCAGGGCUUCUCCUAGGUGAGCGAGCAUCCGCUGGCUGCGUCCGUAUUUGACCCGGAUGCGUUGGUUUUCAGGUUUCACACAGGAGACAAGCGAAUCACUUGUCUCUCUCUGUUCUCCUGGGGGUUGGGUGCGGGGAAAGGUGAGCUGGCAGCAGGGUGACCACAGAACCGAGAGCCAGGUCCCGGGAGAGGCCGCAGACGGUGGUCAGCCAGGGGUGUUUGGUGCACUGUUUACAAUAUUCCCUCCGACUUGAGAAUGAGGGCUGGUGAAAUGCCGGGUAGUGAUCCAGCAGACGUCUUCUGCCAUCUCCUCUGCCUCGUCAUUCAUGCUGUCCUAGUCCUUCUGGCAGUCGCUGCCGGCCGGCUCACUGCUGCCCAAGCCCUGAGAGCGCUCAUGUGCCUUUUUGAAUGACGGCUGGCCUGGCCUCCCAGCCUCACAGAUGGGCCGUGUGCAAAGCCGUGGCUGAGAAGGCCCACACAGUAUUCCUCAUGCCCUGUGCUAACUUUUUCUGUGCAAGGGACAGACGGAAAUGUAUCUCCAUUUUUAGCAGAGUAAAUAUGACUAACUUAUAUUUUCUCUUUAUGAAGGAUAGAAGCUAUUUUUAUGUAGUUUCCAAAGUUUAUAUAAAACUUUUGUAAAAUGUUCUCUGCAAAGGUAACUCUGAGAAUGUAAAUAUGCUUCUAAUAAAAUAACAAAUAAGGUCA